CCGGCCCCUCCCUCCCUCCCCCCGCCUCCAUACCUCACUACUGCUCACUGCCAGUAUAUCCAGGGGGAGCGUUAAUGGCUAGGUAGCGCGCCAUUCCCCAAGCCAGCCACACAUGCACACUGCGCCGGGCAUUCACUCCCCUGCCCACUGCCCCCUCCCUGCUCACGCACGCAUUCAGCACUGUUCAGCUGCUGCUCUCCCCUACCCCUGCCCUGCUGCAUCUGCAACAGCUAGUGGCUGACUCUGGGGAGGAUCGAUGGUGUGGAAGAGCUGGGGACGGAGGCUGCUGCUGAGCGCGGUGGUGCUCCUUUGCUCGGGCGCGGCAGGCGCUGCUGCUGCCGGCGACGUCUCCCUCAGCCUGACGACCGCCCCGCCGCGCAUCUCGACGUCGGCGUCGGCGGUGUUCGCCUUCCGAGCCGUGCAGAGCAGCGGCUGGACCUGCGGGGACUGCGCCAUCACCUGCAAGUUGGACGGUGAACGAAGAUCGGACUGCGGGGGCAACGGAAAUGGGACGGAGGUGGUAACCUUUGCCGGACUCAAGGACGGCAACCACACAUUCGCAGCGUGCGCGACCCCGAGAUCAGGAUCAGGAAGCAGCGCCGGCCCGACCUGCGCCACCUACGCCUGGGAUGUUGACACCGUUCCUCCGACGGCGACGGUGGCGGUGGAGUCGGCGUUCACGGCCGCGCCCAACGUCUCGGUGCUCGUCUCCCUCAGCGAGCCGUGCCCGGGCGGCGGCGGCUUCACGUGCAACGCCACCUACUGCGACCUCAUCGUGUACGGGCCCGGCCGCGUGGAGCCGUCCACCCUGGAGGCCGUCGUGCCCGGCCUGCGGUACUCCGUCGCCGUGUCGCCGUCGCCGGACGUGGACUACGGGCGCAUGAUCCUGGUGAUGCGCAGGGGGUUCUGCACCGACGUGGCCGGCCACCGCUUCCGGAGGAGCUCCAACUCGAGCUUCACUCUCCGCUUCGACAAAAGGAGCGAUUCCAUGAACAUCACCGCCAGCAUCCCGGAGAAGCUGCUGCAGAUCCAGGGCGCGAUGAGGGUGGUGGAGGCCACCAACGACGACAGGGAGCUGAGGAUAUACAUGUCCUUUGCCGAGCCGGUGAUGAACUCGUCCGCGGAGGUGCUCGCCGCUCUCACCGUGACCGGCGCCGUGCUGACGCCGACCAACAGGAGCACGCUCGGCAACCGUCGCUUUGGCUACGUCGUGAACAAGAUAUCGAGCACAGCUGUUGUGACUGUUGCAUGUGAUACGAGUUCUGUAAUCAGCAGACAGGGGACCCCGGUUUAUUCAUCACAACCAUUAACAUUUCUAUAUGAUACGCGACGGCCUUCUGUUAAACUCGCAACGUCGACCGUGAGGACAAGCUCACACACCAUCCCCGUCUUGAUCAAGUUUGAAAAGCCUGUGUUUAACUUCACCUCCUCCGCAGUGCAGCUUUCUGGGGGCAAACUAUUGAGCUUCCAUGAAGCUAGUAAGAGCAUAUACACAAUGCAGAUCCUGGCAGUUGACAAGCUGGUUUCGGUCCAGGUUGCUGAGAACACAGCUCAGGACGUGGCUGGGAAUCCCAAUCUGCCAUCAGACCGCCUCCAAGUGAGACACUAUUCUGUCCCUGCAUCGUCUUCAUCAAUCGCAACCAUCGCCACUGUAAUAUUUGCAGCAACCGCCAUCGUCGCCACACUGCUCACCGUCUCCACAUCAUCGCUCAUUGCAUCCGGCGCCAUGGCAAGGCCUUCGUCUUACUCCAUCUCCGAGCCAUCACGAAAUCUUCUGAGAAUGGCAUGCCACAUCCAGAUCUUCGCUCUGUCGAGAUGGCUGUCGAUAAAUUUGCCGGUGGAGUACUACGAGCUGGCCAAGGGGAUAGAGUGGACAAUUCCGUACAUUCGGCUUCCGUGGGAGGGUCCCUCUGCAGAUCCAUUCGUGGGCUACUCCACCAUGCCGGCCAUUGCGUACUCGGAGCUGGUGGACAGGAGUGAUGUAGUACAGGCUGAUCCCUACUACCCUGGAGCUGCACCAGGUGGUCAGCAGCAGCAGAUUAUGCCGAUGCAGAUACCUGUAGAAGGGAAGCCCCCGGCGACCCCGCUGCAGAUCCCGGCAUUGGAUGGGAAGCCGCUGACAGCCAUGGAGUACCGAUCUUUCUUUGAGAAUCAGGACAUGAAGCCCGAGGCACAGAUUAUCAUGAAGCUGCAAGAUUUGGACGGGUGGAAAUACUUCGGAAGAAACAUGUUGUGGCUGGGUGUCAUUGGGGGAGGUCUCGUAAUGCUGCAUCUUCUUCUCCUCCUCUACUUGAGAUUAAGGUACAGAGGAGGCACAGGAAAGUACGGAGCACUCGUCCUCCCCAGGUUUGAGAUCAUGCUUGCGAUCCUUGCGAUGCCUUGUAUAUCCCAAGCGUCUGCAGCACUCAUCAGAGGUGGGACUACCGGAGGGCUCGCCGUCGGGAUCGUGCUCAUCGGCAUCUUGACGGCGUUCCUGGUGGCCCUGCUCCUGUUCCUGUCGCUGGGCAUCACGACGGGCAGGCUGCUGCAGUACAAGGAGGUGCACCAGGAGGGGCAGGAGCACCGCUGGUACCAGGAGAUCGUCAGGCGGACGCUCGGCCCCGGCAAGCGCGGGCAGUGGACGUGGAAGGACCCCGCCCGCGCCGCGCGGCUCGUCAAGCUCGGCCCGCUGUUCGAGGACCUGCGUGGCCCGCCCAAGUACAUGCUGACGCAGAUCGUGGUGGGCGGGGGCGGGAAGCGGGCGGCGGCGGACCAGCGGAUCAUGGCAUCGGAGGACGAGAACGAGGACGCGGAGGCGCCGGUGAUCCAGAAGGUGUUCGGCAUCCUGAGGAUCUACUACACGUUCCUCGAGUCGGUGAAGCGGGUGGCGCUGGGCAUCGUGGCGGGCGCGCACGCGUCGUCGGGGCGGUCGUCGCGGGCGCACGCCGUCGUGGUGCUGGCCGUCGCGUCGUUCCAGCUCUUCUUCAUGCUGCUCAAGAAGCCUUUCAUCAAGAAGCGGGUGCAGCUGGUGGAGAUCGUGGCGGUGGCCAGCGAGGUGUUCGUCUUCGCCGCCUGCCUCGUGCUCAUCGACAGGAACAGCGACGACGGCAGGGGCGAGCUCGAGGAGGUCGAGGAGAGCGGCGGCGUGGGGAUCGCCAUGCUCGGCGUGUUCUCGCUGGCGUUCGCGGCGCAGGUGUGCAACGAGUGGAACGCGCUGUACCGGCAGGUGCAGUUCCUGAGCCCCGACAGGAGCUCCUUCCUGGAGGGCGCCAAGGCGGCUUCGGUCGGGCUGCUGCUGUUGGUGCUUCCGUCGUCGGUGUUGGGCGACCCGCUGACGGGCCAGCAGCAGGAGCCGUCGCCGGAUAGCGGCGGCGCCACGGGCCAGACGGCGCCGGGCGAGGCGCAGAGGAGUUCGAACGAGCGGUCGUGGCUCGGGCAGCUGCGGGAGAUGGCCAAGGCGAGCUUCAGCAGGGACGGGGAGGACCCGUCCAGCAGCACCGCGUACAAGGGGAAAAGGAGCGGGAGCUCGUCGGUGGCGUCGCAGUCUGCGGACUCCAAGGCCAAGGGGGAGUGGAGGCCCAAGUCCAAGGCGCUGUACAAGGAUUUGGAGGCCAUCUUCUCCAACAGGUAGCAGGCUCGCGGGUCCAUGGCUGGCAAGUGAUGUGAGAAUAAGAUAGAAUCAGCUGGAUAAGCAGGGAACAAGUGGAAACACUGCACAUACUAGCAAUAGGAAUAUGCCGUUUAAUUUGACACAAAAUCAUCACUAGGUGUAUGUGUGGUAGCAUUAUUGUCACAAGAUCAUUCAUGUCCAUGAUAGAAUGAGUUCUUCAUAAUCA